CAGCUCUGUCUGCAGCCAGAGGCAUCUGGAACCGCAGACAACCGGAUUACUGUUCAUUCUUAUAAUCCCGUCACUAAUGGAUUAUUAAUAGGUGUCAAAUAAAUGACGAUUGGCGUCUCUUCUUCAACAAGUGCCUGGACUAUUGUGAGUUUGAGACAAACUGGGAGUUCUUCAGCGUCCCGUUUUGUCUUUUUCCCAUCAGGAUUCAGGAGUUUGCUGUUGUUGUCGUUCCCCCGGUGGAGCCGAGCUAAAUGCGGCUGUCUGGUGACCCUGGCCCGGGAAACAUGAACAGCAGCGGGUCUGGCAACUUUCUGCUGGUCCCCAUCCCGGAGUACCCCCUUCUGGACUGCGUGCCCAACAAGACGGUGAAGAUCGUGGUGCUGGGAGCCAGCAGCGUCGGCAAAACCGCUUUGAUUGUCAGGUUUCUCACUAAGAGGUUCAUUGGAGAUUAUGAAGCAAACACUGGAGCGCUCUACUCCAGAAAGGUCACCCUGGAUGGAGAGGAAGUGUCGCUUCAGAUUCAGGACACACCCUGCGUGGCUCUCCAGGACGAUGCUGAAGGUCUGUACUGCCUGGAGCAGAUCAACAGAUCGAUCUACUGGGCCGACGGGUAUGUGCUGGUGUUCUCCAUCACAGACAACAAUAGCUACAGAACUAUCCAGCCUCUAUACCAGCACAUCCGGCGUAUACACCCUUCUGGAAACAUACCAGUUAUACUGGUUGGCAACAAGAGUGACCUGCUUCGAGCUCGACAAGUGCCAGUGGAUGAGGGCGAGACAUCAGCUGCGUCACUAG